AUGCCAAAGGCACCUGGCCCACCGCACAGCAACUUCCACCAGCCACAGCACAACCAGCUGCCGCCUUUCCAGUCCUCUCACUACAACCCCAGCUACCGGAGCAGCCCCCAGGUCUCGCCUCUCAGCACGAUGAGCACCUCGACCGGCUCUUCCCCGACCUCCCCCAAGCCGCGAUGCGCCCGCCAGCUGCCUCCUUCCUACAUCCCCGCCGUCUUGCGCCCGACGCAGCACUCAUGCAAAGCGCCCUAUCCCAGGCCAAAGGCCGAGGAGGGAGCCGCCGACGAUGAGCAGCCGCCGCGCUCGAGCGGCAGCUUUAUCAGCCUGCCCGGCCUCGCUGCGAUCGGCAUUAGCCGUCUGAGCAGGCGGUCUACCGGCGACAGCGGCAAGUGCAUCGACGGCAGCUGGAAUCUGGACCAGUUUCCCGAGGUCAACGGUCUCCCGUCCAGAGAUCACUGGAAGCCCGACGCCGAUUCCACCAUCUGCGACGAGCCCACCUGCAAGCGACACUUUACCUACUUCAACCGGCGGCACCACUGCCGCCGCUGCGGCAACAUCUUCUGCGACAUGCACUCGGCCUUUGAGGUCCCCCUCGACGAGAGCGCCAACUACAACCCCCGCGGCUCUCCCUCUCGCUCGUGCUCCCACUGCUACAAGGAGUUCAAGUCCUGGCGCAGCCGCGCCAACAGCCAGUCCUCCUCCACCUCCUCCUCGGUGGACUCGCAGGGACCCGCCACGCCUCUGCCCCAGCACACGAGCGCGACGGCGCCCGCCAGCCCCGUCGCCGCCGGCGCCUGCAAGAGCGGCGGCCUGAACCCGCCCAAGGCGCCCGCCGAGGUCGCCAUGAGCGUCCCGCGGGACUGGAACUGGAGCACGUUCUAG